AUGCAGCGCCCUCAAACAUACGGCCAGUCGCCUCCUCUGCACCACCCCGUACCCCAGCAUGUCUCGACCGUUCCCCAGCUGCGCUCGCCGCCUCCCCCAGUGUCCCAAACGCAAUCGCAGCAAAGCUACGGCAGCCCGUACCAGCAACAGGGUGGCUCAAGCGGAAACGUCUUUGGCGCAUACGGACAGUUCAUGAAUGACCCUACGGCGCAAGUUGCCGCACAAUUCGGGCAGACGGCCUUCAAGCAUGGCCAGGAAUACAUGGAACAGAACUUUAACCGAUAUGUCAACGUAAAUGCCCUGAAGCACUACUUCAACGUCUCCAACUCCUAUGUCAUCAACAAGCUAUUCCUCGUACUCUUCCCCUGGAGGCACAAGCCAUGGUCGCGCAAGCAGUCCGUGGGACCCAGCGGCCAGGAGGGGUGGUACCUGCCGCCGCGCGACGACAUCAACAGCCCCGACAUGUACAUCCCCGUCAUGGCGGUUGUGACAUAUAUCCUCCUGUCCACCCUCAUCGCCGGUCUCCGCGGACAGUUCCAGCCGGAGCUUCUUGGAUACACGGCGUCAACGGCCCUUGUCAUCGUGGUGGCUGAGAUUUUGGGUCUCAAGCUGGGUUGCUAUCUGUUGGGCAUCUCGAACGAUUCGCAGCUCUACGAUCUGAUCGCGUACUCUGGCUACAAGUUUGUCGGCAUUAUUGUGACCGUUGCCGUGGCGGAGAUCUUUAACGGGGGCCAGGGUACCGGCGGCUGGGUCGGGUGGUCGGUGUUCAUUUACACCUUCCUGGCUAACUCCCUGUUCCUGAUGCGCUCUUUGAAAUACGUUCUGCUUCCCGAGAACUCGGCGAAUGGCGCUGGUCCUAUGCAGACUGGCGAUUCCCGAGCCAAGCGAAACCAGAGGACACAGUUUCUGUUUUUCUACUCAUACAUCGUUCAGCUGCUCUUUAUUUCAUCUGGAACUCAAAAAGACCACUUCAAAAAGGUGUCAUGGAAAGGAGUCAAGUCCGCAGUCCUCGCCGGCACCUCAAAUCUGUUGGCGCAGGCACUGACGGCCUACCGAACCGAUAGCCAACUCGUCAUCGACUGGGUUCCGGUCUUCCAGUUCAUCAUGAACGCGGUGGUGUGCACACCGCCGAACUUCAUGUGGCAAGAUCUCCUCGAGCAGAGCUUCCCAGCCUACCACGUCUCCCCCACCAAGGACGCCAUCACCUCCGCGGCCGCCAACGACGAGAAGGAACUCGACCGCGAGGCCCGCGACAACAAGCUCGUCGAGCCCAAGCUCAACAUCCGCAACACCGUCGUCAAGCUCCUCCUCGACCAGACCGUCGGCGCCGCCCUCAACACCCUGGCCUUCAGCAUGUUCGUCGGCAGCAUCCAGGCCGCCAUGGCGCGCCCGGAGCACCUCGCCCACGCGUCCGCCUCGGCCAAGUUCCUCGUCUCGCGCGGCGCCGUCGACUAUAGCAAGGUCGACUGGCAGUCCGUCGUCGCCAGGGCCAAGGAAGACUUCUGGCCCAUCUUCCUUGCCGGGUUGAAGCUCUGGCCGUUGGUCAGCUUUAUCAACUUUGUGUUUAUCAAGAGCAUUGAGGGGAGGAACUUGGUGGGUGCCCUGGCUGGUGUCGUGUGGGGUAUCUACAUGAGUUUGGUUGCGGCGCAAUGA